CUCCAUCACCUCUCUGUCGAGAACCAGCUACUACACCGUGAAAUCAACGGGGUAAAAGAGGCUCUUACUGUUAAGAAGAGGCAGAAGAAGCAAAGUAGUUCUCUUGACUCACAGCAGAGACAGGAGUACCACUGUGGUACUGUCUUCUGGUCUCCACGUAAACUUAGAGAAGCACGUGCACGGGAGAUAGUGAAACGACAGGAAGAGCACAAGCAGCAGCUCGCAAAAGUUAAUAGGAAGGAUCUCCAAGUUGCUGCUAAGCUGCUCCGGAAACAGGGGGCAGAGGAAAGGCGUGUGGCGAGAGAGGCAGCCAAAGUAGUGAGGGAGAAGGAGAGAGCAGAAAAAGCAGCUACUCGGGCAGCCCGAGUCGAAGCCCAAACCACUAGAAGAGUGUCUCAAACCACCCAGGAUAGGAAGCGUAAAGUUCUAGCAGUACCUCCGUCACUUACUGAGCGCCAGAAACGUGGUGGUCGCUCUACAGCUCCUGCGGCGUCUAUAGAGACUGCAUCAGCUGCUCCACCUAAAACUAUCUCAUGUGGCCGUACUAUCAAAACUCCAAGUAUAUAU